AUGUUUUUGAAGGCGGGUAAAGGGAAAAAAAUAACAACAGCGAGCGUAGAUGGGCUUGGCUGUGUCGUUAUGGAGCCCCCUUUGAGCAAGAGGAACCCGACACUGAGAUUAGCGGAUUUGGCAGCGGCUCAGCCCCAUCCUCACCAGAACAUGACAGGCUUCCCGGGGCUGGGGAACCACCACGUCCACCCCCACCACGCGGCCCACCUCCACCCCGGGGACGCGGGCGGCGACCCCGGCGGCGCUCUCACGCCGCUCGGACCCGAGCACAUGGCGCAGCCCGCAGCCCUCAAGCUCACGCCCGAGGCGCUCACCGCCGCCGCCUUCGCCGCCCCGCCGCCACCACCGCCGCCGCCGCCGCCGCCACCGCCGCCGCCGCCACCACCGCCGCCGCCGCCUACGCCGCCCGCCGCCGCCCUCCCGGGAUACCCGUCGGGGGAAGCGGCGGGCCGGGACUUCCUCCUGCGGCGGGAGCUGCCCGCCGCCGCCGCCGUGCACGGGGCGCUGGGUGAGCAGCACCCGCCCGCCGGCUCCCCCCACCUUCCGCACCCGCCACCGCACGGCGUCUUCAUCUCGGCCGCCGGCACCUACGGCGCGACCGACGGGGCGCACGCCGCCUUCCCGCCGCCGCCGCCCGGCGAGCAGGGCGCUCCCGCCGGCCGCCACCCGCCGCUCAACGGGCAGAUGCGCCUGGGGCUGGCGGCCGCCGCCGGGGAGCUCUACGGGCGCGCCGAGGCGCACUACGGGGCCGGCGCCACCGCCUCUUCCUCCUCGGCGUUGCAAGGCUACGGCUCCGUCAACCUCAACCUGGCGGCGGCCGGCCACGGGCACCCGCACCACCCCCAUCCCCACCACCACCACCAUCAUCACCACCACCACCAUGCCCACGUCGGGGCCGCGGCGGCGGCUGCUGGGGCCUUCCUGCGAUACAUGCGACAGCCCAUCAAGCAAGAGCUGAUCUGCAAGUGGAUUGACCGGGAACCGCCUCCUCCGCCUCCGCCGCCGCCACCGGGCGGUAGGAAGCCUUGCUCCAAAACUUUCAGCACGAUGCAGGAGCUGGUGAGCCAUGUCACCGUGGAGCACGUCGGUGGGCCCGAGCAGAGCAGCCACGUGUGCUACUGGGAGGAGUGUCCCCGCGAAGGCAAGCCCUUCAAAGCGAAAUACAAACUCAUCAACCACAUACGAGUACACACGGGAGAGAAACCCUUCCCUUGUCCCUUCCCCGGCUGCGGGAAGGUCUUCGCUCGCUCAGAAAACCUCAAGAUCCACAAGCGGACUCAUACAGGGGAGAAGCCCUUCAAGUGCGAGUUCGACGGCUGCGAGAGGAAGUUCGCCAACAGCAGCGACCGCAAGAAGCAUUCCCACGUCCACACCUCCGACAAGCCCUACUACUGCAAGAUCCGCGGCUGCGACAAGUCCUACACCCAUCCCAGCUCCCUGCGGAAGCACAUGAAGAUCCACUGCAAGUCGCCGCCGCCCUCCCCGCCGCCGGGCUCCCAGGGCUACGCGGCGGCGGGGCCCCCCGACGGCCCGCUGCCCCCCGAGGCCGACCCGGCCGCCGAGCCGCCCCGCGGCCGCGCCGCCGCCCUCUCCCCGCCGGUCACCAACCUCAGCGAGUGGUACGUCUGCCAGGCAGGGGGGGCUCCCCGCCGGCCCCGCACCCCCUCCAGCCGAGACACCUCCCCGGCAUCCGAGGAGGACGAGCCCCACAGGACCUCGGGUGGCAGAACUGCUCCCUAGGGCCGUGCCGAGCCCUGCCAAGCUGCCGGUGGCCCCGGUCCCACCGCACUGGCCCGGGCCGCGGCGGCAGCCACCUGGCACCAAGGGCUGCCGUGGAAGUGCCAUCAGGUUUGACUUGCGCUAUUUAUUCCAUGUACGAAACCCUAUGGUGUUUGUACGGUAACUAAUUUAAUUAAAGAGACUCGGACUUUUUUUUUUUUUUUUUUUUUUUUUUUUAAUAAAAGCAUUAAUAACGCCAUGCUGGGCCGUCCCAGUCACCCCAGCCGCACAAUUUUGCAGGGGGACGGUGCCAAGGGAGAUGCCCAUCUUCCACUCUGCCCAUUCCCAUUGCUCUUAACAAGAGUUAGCUGGCGAAGGCUGCGAGCAGGCAGAACCCAGCCGAUGACUGGAAUGGCUCUUAAGUACCUUAGCUGCCAUGCCAGCACCUCCUCUUCGGGCUG